AUGGCCCCAAUAGAUCUCGCAUCAGCCCGUGGGACCAAGCUUAGCGAUAUAGUUAUCGAUCGCCGUCCUAGCACAGGCCGUGGCAAGAAACUCACCCUCGCACAAGAGGGCACUUUGAAGAAACUGUAUGAACAAGAAUUGCCAUCCGUGUCAAAUGGCGAGCUUCCAGCGAAAGGCUUCUGGGUCAAUCUUGCGUCGCUGUUCUGCGAGCAGACCGGUCGCGAGUAUUCUUGGCUGUCUGUGAAACGGCGGGCUGCAGGGUGGCGCCAGAAGUCUGUAGGAAUCGACCGUCGACGGUAUUCUUUUCGUGCUAGCGAGCUCGGGGCUGAGGAUUCCGUGCCUGAACCUAGUCAACAAGAUGUUGCUUGUCAAUCUUCACGCCAGGAGGGCACAUGCGACAGCAAACUAUCGAAAGCGCCACAAAAAAUACCUUCCCCAUUUCCGCAGGAUUUGAAUAAGCCGGAGUUGUCUCAACUCGACAGAAGCGCCGAUGUCGGCGACUGGUCACAACGCAGUUGGGUUUCAGGUGAUCCAGACCCAAGCCAAGACACCAGUAGGAAUCUCAAGCCUCCUCGCAUUUCUCAACCCAGCCCCCGAUCUAGCCCGCCCCUGCGGGUAUCACAGCCUAGAUAUCGUCACCGAUCUCCUUCACCAACGAGACCCACGAAAACCAUCUCAAACCGACUGCAUCACCAGCUGGCCUCUUUCUCCGAUGGGAAAGUCGUGUCUAGCCUCAAUCCUUUGCCUGUCGCCUCCCCAGCUCGAGAAUAUUUGCAAGCCAGCCACCCGGGUAAAACAAUCCCCGCUGAAUCCAACCGUGCCCGCAAGUUGACGGAGAAAGAUGAGCCUGAGAACCACGCUCGUGAUUCGGCAAGAUCUAAGCGAGGAGGUCUUCUGGUGCCGGCACACUUUUCUGAGCAAGAUGACUUACCGCUGGCCCCAACUCAGAUCAAGAGGAGGCAUGUUGCAAGAUGA